ACCUUCCCAGAAAAACAACGCUUCAUUCUCUAACCGUCCUUUAUAAGCAACAAAUGUGCUUUCUGUGACCUGAACUUGUAAAAGCAAUGGCUCCAAUCUCCACCAUCUUCUUCUUCAUCCUUGAUUCCUUGAAUUUUCUUUUUACUCCAGUUCCACCAUCAUCUCAUCAUCUUGCCUCUAAUCCCAACCGUCAAGCUUUCUCCCCAAUCGGAGACGACGUUUUCCUUCAUGGAUUUUCUGUUUAAUUUCUCAUGAAGUAUGAUCACAUGCCUGCAAUUCGAUCUCCAAGCCAUCAUCAUACAUAUGUUGCAUAGUUUAAAGCAAGGUUCGAAGAACAAGUGAAGAAAUGUUUCAGCUGUUUUUCAUUUCCUUUCUUCUUUCUUUCAUCUGAUCAAAUGCUUCCUUUUGUACCAAUUCCUUUGUAGUGUAAACAUUUCUCGUCGUAAUAUAUUUUGUAUAAUAUU